AUGCCCGCGCCUGGCUGGACGCGUCACGAUUUGAGCGCUAGUUUCAACCGGCCGGUUUACCGGAGAGGAUCUGAGAUCAGCCGCUCCGCUCAGUUCAGCAUGAAAUCCGCAGAGGAAGAGGCUUAUAGUUACACACCCAACGUGAGCCUGUCCCUCCCUCUUGGCAUGACAAACCCCUGCCUGGCAUCACAGUACCACAACCUGCAGUCAAGCCCUGUCAUCUCGGUCUCGUGCCACCAAGCGAAUUACGGGCUCCACGAGACGGCAAUGGCCCCGAACUACUACUUCUCCGGGCUCCGCCCUAACUGCGCACCCCCUCUGGAAAGCCCCCGCAUCGAGAUAACCUCUUACAGCCCGAUGCCUGAAGAAGAGGUGGAGGAAAGCAGCACCAUGGGUCCGGUUCCCAAGCGGGUCAAUAUCAUGACCUUGACUUUGCCCGGCAUCGAUGGUUACCGUGACCCGAGCAGCCUGAGUCCGGCUAGCAGCUGCAACUCCGAAGCCUCGUACGAGUCCGGCUUCUACAACUACGAAAACUCGCCCCAGAAUUCCCCCUGGCAGUCGCCCUGCGUCUCGCCCAAAGGUUCCUCCAACUCCAUGCUGCCCUGCAUCCCUCACAGCCAUGUUGGUCCCUCCCCUCGCCAUUCUCCAUCAACCUCCCCCAACGAGGACGCCGGAAGCCACGGCAAGCGGAAGUACAGCUUCAACGGCACCGUGUACACCCACCCGUCGCCCAACCCGUCGCCCGGAGCCUCGCUUCAGGGAUCGCCGAGGGUUGAGGAAAGCUGGCUGGGAAACACCCACCAGUAUACCAACUCGGCCAUCGUGGCGGCCAUAAAUGCCCUCAGUACUGACGGUCUAGCCGAGCUCGGGGACGGCGUGCCCGUCAAGAGCCGCAAGACCAGCCUGGAGCCCGGUGCCGCCGUGAGUCUGAAGGUCGAACCUGCAUCCGAUGAUGUGGGCGCUGAUCUAGGCCAGGAAGAUUAUACCAGCGCCAACCGCCUGCCUUUCAAGAAGGAGAGCUACUGCUCAGGGUUCCUGGACAUGCCACCUCACCCGUACUCCUGGAGCAAGCCUAAACCUUACAUCAGCCCGUCCCUCCCGGCUCUUGACUGGCAGCUUCCGUCCUGCUCGGGUCCGUACAGCCUGCAGAUCGAGGUGCAGCCGAAGUCCCACCAUCGCGCCCACUAUGAGACGGAGGGCAGUCGGGGAGCCGUGAAGGCCCUGUCUGGAGGGCACCCUGUGGUGCAGCUCUACGGGUACAUGGAGAACGAACCGCUGACGCUUCAGCUCUUCAUCGGGACGGCGGACGACCGGCUCCUGCGGCCGCACGCUUUCUACCAGGUCCAUCGCAUCACGGGCAAGACGGUGUCCACCGCUAGUCACGAGGCCGUCCAGUCCAACACCAAGGUCCUGGAGAUUCCACUGCUGCCCGAGAACAACAUGCGAGCCUUAAUCGACUGCGCCGGAAUCCUGAAGCUUCGGAAUUCGGACAUCGAGCUGAGGAAGGGCGAGACAGACAUCGGGCGUAAGAACACUCGGGUUCGAAUGGUAUUCCGGGUCCACAUCAACCAGCCCAACGGCAGGACGGUGUCGCUUCAAGUUGCCUCCAAUCCCAUAGAGUGCUCCCAGCGCUCGGCCCAGGAGCUGCCACUGGUGGAGAAGCAGAGCCUGGAAAGCUACCCAGCCACGGGGGGCAAGAGGAUGCUCCUAAAUGGUCACAACUUCCUCCCGGAUUCCAAGGUCAUGUUCGUGGAGAGGGCCCAAGAUGGACACCAGGUCUGGGAGUCAGAAGCCAAAGUCGACAAGGAUUCUCUCAAAUCUACUUCCUUGGUGGUGGAGAUCCCCCCAUACCGCAAUCAGAUGAUAUCCAGCUCCGUCUCGGUUAGCUUCUACGUCUGCAACGGGAAGAGGAAGAGAAGCCACUCGCAGCACUUUACCUACCUUCCAUCCAACGUUCCGAUGAUAAAGACAGAACCAGCUGACGACUACGAGACCCGGAUGCCCAUGCGCUCGAGUCUCUACUACGGCCAGCAAAGACCGCCGGCCGUGAUGCCUUUGGAUGAAGUCGAGCCCUGCUUGGUGGCUGGCUAUGCCCCCUGCCAACCUCGUCCUGCCCCCAUCCAUUGCUCCUCGCCCGGCUCCAGCCCAAAGCUCCAUGAUCUGUCACCCGUACCCUUCAAUAAGUGCCUGAGCAACAGCCCUACCAAUUCCACCAUGCAUGGAGGCAUGCCGGUAUCCAUUCAGGAUCCACCGACACACACAGGCCUGGCCAUGCCGAGCUCCCCCGAGUCUACAACCCUGACCAUGCCGCACCCACAGGGCAGUCCACAUCUCGGCAGUCCUUCCUACCACACUUUGUACCCCAGCAGUAGUCCCUCGUCUUCGCCCGCCUCCCAACCCUCUACGCCCGGUGCGACAGCCGAAAGCCCGUAUCUGCCCGGCUUUGGAUCCGCCCAGACUAUCGGAAGUCCGACCGCAAUGCUGGCAGAGGAACAUGCCUCACCCGAAAUGCCUGUCACCAUCAAACAAGAACCACAGGAGCUUGACCAGAUGUACCUGGAUGAUGUAAACGAGAUCAUCAGGAACGACCUGUCCUGUGCUUCCUCUCACGCUCACUCGUAGGUCGCCGUCAAGACGCCUGACGAAAGAAGGGACCAAGAUGUCUUCCCUCAGAAGCCUUCCUCUGCCGGACAAUCAUUUCUAGCAUAUAAAGCUGACAAAUCAAAAGACUCGAGGACGUUUGACGUCACAUGAA